GCUGAACUUGCCUUGAGGUGCAGGUAAAUUUGCGACAGCGCCAUCUUGAGACGGCGGAAGCUAACUGUCCAGAUUAGCGAGCCGGCGGCUAACUGGUAACUGUUAGCUAACGUGAGUCAGCCAGCAGGCUUUGCAGACACGUCUACACACAGUCCGCCGCUGCUGAACACUAACACAUGUUGAAGUGCCGGUGGAAGAAAUGCUAUCUACGAACAAGGACUUAACUGGCUUCCGCACAUACACAAACUGAGCUCCCGGCCAAGCCAUGUUCGGCACAGAGUCCUCAUUAAGCAUGUUUCUCAACACCUUGACGCCCAAGUUUUACGUGGCUCUGACGGGCACCUCCUCCCUCAUAUCAGGACUCAUUUUGAUAUUUGAGUGGUGGUAUUUCAGGAAAUAUGGGACCUCCUUCAUAGAGCAGGUGUCUGUGAGCCACCUGCGCCCCCUGCUGGGCGGAGUGGACAGCAGCUCCCCCAGCAACUCCAGCACCAGCAAUGGGGAGGCCGAUUCCAAUCGACAAAGUGUGUCCGAAUGUAAAGUGUGGCGAAAUCCGCUGAAUUUAUUUCGUGGAGCCGAAUAUAAUCGGUACACGUGGGUAACGGGUCGAGAGCCGCUGACUUACUACGACAUGAACCUGUCAGCACAAGACCACCAGACCUUCUUCACCUGCGACUCAGACCACCUCCGGCCUGCCGACGCCAUUAUGCAGAAGGCGUGGAGAGAGAGGAACCCGCAGGCUCGCAUCUCCGCAGCACAUGAAGCUCUGGAGCUCGAAGAUUGUGCCACGGCGUACAUCCUGCUGGCGGAGGAAGAAGCCACGACCAUCAUGGAGGCUGAACGUUUGUUUAAACAGGCGCUAAAAGCUGGAGAGGGCUGCUAUCGCCGCAGCCAGCAGCUCCAACAUCACGGUACACAGUACGAAGCCCAGCACAGAAGAGACACAAACGUACUGGUGUACAUAAAGAGAAGACUGGCCAUGUGCUCCAGAAAGCUCGGCCGGACACGAGAAGCAGUUAAAAUGAUGAGAGAUCUGUGUGUUUUCCAGUUAAUGAAGGAGUUCCCUCUCCUCAGUAUGUUCAACAUCCACGAGAACCUGCUGGAGUCGCUGCUAGAGCUCCAGAACUACGCCGACGUGCAGGCCGUUCUGGCCAAGUACGACGAUAUUAGCUUACCCAAAUCUGCAACGAUAUGCUACACAGCAGCCUUGCUCAAAGCCAGGGCGGUAUCGGACAAAUUCUCUCCAGAGGCAGCGUCCCGGCGAGGGCUGAGCACAGCGGAGAUGAACGCAGUAGAAGCCAUCCACAGAGCGGUGGAGUUCAACCCUCACGUCCCCAAAUACCUGCUGGAGAUGAAGAGUCUGAUUCUUCCUCCAGAGCACAUCCUGAAGAGGGGAGACAGCGAGGCCAUCGCCUACGCCUUCUUCCACCUGCAGCACUGGAAAAGGGUGGAGGGGGCGCUGAACCUGCUGCACUGCACCUGGGAGGGCACAUUCAGAAUGAUCCCGUAUCCUCUGGAGAAAGGUCACCUGUUCUAUCCCUACCCCAUCUGCACAGAGACGGCCGACAGAGAGCUGCUACCCACAGUGUUUCACGAGGUGUCAGUCUACCCUAAGAAGGAGCUGCCCUUCUUCAUCCUCUUCACGGCUGGUCUCUGCUCCUUCACCGCCAUGCUGGCUCUGCUCACACACCAGUUCCCCGAACUCAUGGGAGUGUUUGCUAAAGCCUUCCUCAGCACGCUGUUUGCACCGCUGAACUUCAUCAUGGAGAAGGUGGAGAGCAUCCUGCCGUCCAGCCUCUGGCACCAGCUCACCCGCAUCUGACCCCGACCGGACCGGACCGAACCGAACCAGAACCAGGACCUGGAGCCCACCUCCACCCGGACAGAAAACAGCUGGACUGAAACCCAGAAACGCCGCGUUGGCCUGGACUGACACGCCUUCGUGCCAAGAUCACCCGAGUUCAAACCAAACCCGAGGACAAACGAGGAGGACUGGAGGAGGCGUGAGACAAAGAGGCAGAAGACCAGAAUCCAGAAUCGGUUUCGACUUUAUUUGAUAUGUUUGCAUUUUUUUGGGUUUUCAAUCAUUUAAAGCUGUUCUUUUGUUGUACAAAAAGAGGUGAUCAAUUGCCAUCAUUAAAAAAAGAAAGUGAGAAGACAAAAAAAUACAAUAAAGGACUUUUUGUGUAUUGCUGCAA